AUGACAGCUAUCCUGAGCUUUUCUCCCUACCAGCUGUUCACAAUGGAGUCACUCAACGGCAUGAUUGAAACCGAAGCCCCUAAACAAGCCUUCACUGUUCCCUCUGGUCAGGACCCAGAGAGAAAUGAAAUUGAGCCAGUCACAGAUGGUGGGAGUCAAGCAAGUUCCCAGAUUGUCAUAACAUCACUGGCAACCUCUUCCUUUAACGGAGCGGGUGGUGUGGUAAAUAAGAACCUUCCAGAACCAGCAGCCACGACUGCCGGAUCCAAACAACAGAUGGCUUUCAAGCUGUUCACAGCUGCAAACACAGGACAGGCCUUUCCUGGAAAAGGUGAUUCUGGAGAUGAGAACAGUGGUAGUACACGCAUGCCAUUUGCUGGAACUAACAAAGGCAUUACAUUUGAUGGCUUCUUAGCUCUUGCUGUCUCAGAUACACCAAAGGGAAAUGGCAGUGACCCAGAGAAGCCCUGCUUUUGUAAAAUUCCAGGAGCAGAAGGACAAAAGAGAGAUCAAGAUAUUGCAACACUAGAUAGAAGAAAAGGACAACUACAACAUUUGACAGGCGUUGGACAAGAGCUAAUGGCAGAAAGGGGGGAUUCCAGUUCCAAAUUACUUAAUGGUCAAACAGAAGUACAUGAUUGGUCUAAUAAUUCUCCUUGUCAAAGAGGUGAGAAAGGCAAGGUUGGAGAUCGUGGCCCCAGAGGCUUUCAGGGGCUGAAAGGAGACAAAGGAGAAAAUGGCGAAUUGGGUUCAAAAGGUGACCUUGGACUGAAAGGGAAUCCUGGAGAGAAAGGAGAAAGAGGUCUUAUGGGUAGAAAAGGAGCAAAAGGCUUAGCAGGGUCACCGGGAUCUCAAGGGCCUCUUGGUCUCAAAGGCGAUCCAGGAAGACAAGGAAAAACAGGUUCAUCUGGAAUCCAAGGAAUGCCUGGUCUUCGAGGCCAAAAAGGAGAAAAAGGGCAAAAAGGGAACUGCAAAGCAGUUGAACCCACUGCAUUUUCAGCUGGUCUUCAGAAAAGGAGAAGUUUCCCACUGCCAGGAUCUCUAGUGAGAUUUGAUAAAGUUUUUCUGAAUGAAAACGAUGGGUUUCAUGCAGAAUCUGGCAGAUUUACAGCCACCACUGGAGGUAUCUAUUAUUUUAGUUAUCAUCUCAGCAUUUCUAGCAAAUCACUGAAGGCUGCACUUUUUCAUAAUGGCCAACAAAUUCAACAAGUGUCUGGUGUAAGACAGUCCCCACGUGACAUUAGUCAGGUCUCUGGGUCAAUGUUGGUUCAACUUUCUGAAGAUGAUGAAAUUUGGCUUCAAAUUUUGAAUGCCUCUCAAAAUAGCCUAGUGGCUGAUGAAAGUUCUGAUUCAGUAUUUUCAGGUUUUUUGCUAUACCCUGAUUAA